UGUCAAGUUGUGUCUGUUGUCCGGAAGUGCAAUAAAGGCAGAUUACUGUACACGGCAUGCUGGGAGAUACAUACCUAUUCGCGAAUUAUUGUCAAAGACCAAGCUUUUAAAUGAUUUGAGUAUUUUAAAUAAAAAGGAAAGACAUAUCGAAACAUUAAAAGUUAAAGUACAAUUAAAAAAUGAAGUUUGGCGUGAUUUAAAUGUGAAGUUUAAAUAAUGCAGAGAAAAAUAUAUUAAACUUUAUUAACAAAUUUUUUUUACCAACAACUACUACAAUACCAUUAUUUAUUCGGAUAUAAGUUUGUAAGUCAUGCCAUUUUUCGAUGAACUAAAGGAUUGUGAAGAUACAAACAAAGAUCUUUCAAAGGAGUUCAGACAUCAUGUGUCUGAACAAGUGAAACUAUAUGAGGCUAGCAUGAAAGGAUCAAGUUCACCAGCUAAAAUAAGCAUUAACAAAAACAACAAUAUACGCCAUGUGGUGCCAGUAGGUGUAUUUAUUGUAUUUUUUACAUUGUAUUUAACAACAACAGCAAUUCAAUUUAAAUACGUGAAUUAUGCUAAUCCAGAAGAUGAGAAAAAUAGCGAUUUUGGCAAUACUUUAAAAUACCAAGAAAUUCAAGCAGAGGUAACAACUAAACGAAUAAAAAUACUUGAAAAGCUAUUGGAAUACAAAGACCUGUGCACUGAGUUAGAAGUUUUUACAAAGGACUUGCGUUGGGUAGACGAGAUUAUCGAAAAAGAAAACCAGUUAAAGGAAAUUGAUACUGAAUGUGAACCAACUGAAGAAUCGGUUUUAAUAAAUUUAAAUGUUGAGAAUGGUGAAAACCACGAUCAGAAAGARUCAAAGCAUAGAGAAAUAGUUGAUUUACAACAAACUAAUAAAGAUAAUAGCGAAAUUGCGCCACAAAUCAAUAAUAAAAAUGUUAAGAAUGGUAACAGCACGGUCAUCAACAAUAAUAAUAAAAAAGAUCAAUCAACGGCAAAAAAAUCAAACACUGCAGAACCCAUCRUCUAUAUGUUUGCAUUGGUGUUUAUAUAUUUGCUUUUAAAAGCCGCUUCAGACAUAAAUCAGCAUUACAAAUCGCAAAACAAAGGCGACAAAAGGUUACGACGUUGCUCCUUGCAAUCUUACGCUCAGACUCAUAAACAAGACCGUCGAGCUUCAAAAGACUCUUCAAGUAGAAAAUCAAAAAAAGAAUCACUAUUGGAUAUGCGAUCACAAUCCGUAGAUCGUUUCAAUGACACUACAAUAAAAAAAUCUGAAAUGCUUUACAAUUUACGGAAAUUCACAUCUUUCGACGAGCAUAAGCGCAUAGCAAAUAUACAAUGCAGAGUCCAUGGUCUACCAUUGCGGCCAUCGAGGGAGACACAGAAUUGUGGUGAAAGUUCUUCAAAUCCUUUGGAAUAUACUUCGCCAAAAAUCUCUGGCCGACGUUGCUCGGUGCCAGUUUCAUUAAGUUUCCAACGUCACAACGUAAAAGCCAUCGUUUUGCCGAUUUCGAAUUUGGCUCGUCGUACCUCUUUAUCCGGCGCACAUAUUGGCCUGGAAACAAAUUUGAUUGACCAUGAACAAGAUAGGCUAUUUCAUGAAGUUAAACGACGCGUUCGGAUGAUAAAUCGACACUAGAAAUUAAAACGAUUUAAUUCCAAAAUAGAAAUAUGAAAGAACGCCAAUAUAUGGAAUACUCUUAAAAACAUUGGUAUUGUACGAUUUUGUGAUUAUAUCGUUGGCAAGAACAAGUACAGUUACACCAUAAACCAUAAA